UUUACGCUGCUUUGCUCAUAACAUAGUUCCGUAGAUCGUAUGAAACUAUUUUCUUCUUCUUGAUUAAUUUUUCUUUUAUUCAUGAUCCAUAUUAAUUAUUGUUUUCUUUUAGUUUUUUUUUUGUUGGGUCGAAUUUGAUUUGUGGUUGCUCGUGUGUUUUCUGGACUUUCUUGAGAUAUGUAAUUUCUUCGUACGAGUUUUAAUGUUUUAGGAUUAUAAACAUAUUAAAAGAAGUAUUACUUCUUAUAUCAUAGUGCAUUCAAACACACGUGGAUAAAUCGUUUUUUAUUUUUUAUUUUCUGGGUUUAUGUCUCAUGUGUAGUGAGGAAUUAUAUUCUUACGUCCAUCAGGACCGUUGUAAAGUUAGAAGAGAUAUGUAGUUUAAUCUACUCUGAAGCUUUUCAGUGCUGCACUUGCGAUUUCUAAAUGGUUGAGGCAAUGAUAAGCAAAAAAGUCAGUCAACUAAUACGGACACAUGGAAAAACAAAAAUCAGACCAAGGAAUGAUGCUGAUUUGUAUUAUUUGUCUCCUUUUGAAUUCUGAUGUAUUGGCAGAAGUUGCAUUUGGAAUGACUUUGUUUUUUAUCCAAUGAGCAAACAUAAGAGAGGUUUUCGUCGUCAUUUAUAAAGCCUUUGAUUUGGUGUUAACAAUGGAUUACAUAAACAUAACAAUGGCACCUCGUGUAUGAAAUGAUAUGUCAUAUUAGAUCAUGUUAAUGAUUUUGCGACAAAGUACUUCAGUUUUCCACUUUGUAAAUUAAAAUCUCAUGGUGCCAUAUGGCAUAACUUCUGGUUUUAGUAAGACUGGUGGCCUAGAUCCGACUUUAGAUAAGGACAUCAUGUUGUGUGUUUCCAACUCCUCCAGGGAUCUUCCUGAAGUUCUUGAUACUGGAUAUGGUAAAUACUGAAAACUUGAUCUCCACUUAAUGUCCAUGUGCAAGAAGGCAUAUACUCUAAUGCACACUCUCAUUCAAGUCACCUCUAGGUUUGUAUGCUAGCCUUGCUUGUUGAUUUAAAGUAAUUUGUUUAGGCAUAUUGCUUCAGUCAUUAUUAUAAUCAUUUGUAAAAAUAAUUUUGUGCGCUCAAACUCUCUGGGGUUUGGAACUUUGUGUCCCAGAUUGCGAAAAUUGGCACAUUAUACACACCAAUUACCAAAAACUUACACUUUGCACUCGCAUUCAAUUAUAACUGCUAGAAGUGAUGAAAAUUAGGUGAAGUGACACAAUUUUGAUGGUCAGUCACAUCUGAUUGGAGGAUGCAAUGUCAGUUUUUGGUAGUUCGGGGGUGCAAGUGUAAAAGCCCUGGUAGUUUGAGGGUGCAAAGUAUAUUUUCCCAUAACCGUUUAUAGGUUUUAUAUUCUAAAUAAUAGGUUAAACAAUUUUUAGUUAUCUUUAUCAAGCAAUUAAUGGGAAUUAAAGCAAACCAUAGUUUGUCUACCAAGUACUCGAUUGAUUUUCUGAAAUGUCUCCUGGUUUCCCAUUGGCAGUUCUUAUUGCUUUAGUUACAAAUAAAUAUACCUAUCAAAAGUUACAAAUAAAUAUGGCAAUGAUGAAAAUUUUGGAAAGUGGAAAAAAAAUAAUGAGGUGAGUUUAGUAACUAUUUAAGUAUUUAACAUUUUAAUUUCUCAAACUUUGUUAUUGCGACUUAUUCUAAUUGCACGUUUUAAGUUGACUCAAUGACCAUAAUUAAAUUAUCAGUGAAAAAUGUAAUUUCUUUGAAAACUCCUUGCUCUGUCCCCACUUUGCAUACACUUCUUGAAAUCAGAAAAGAUUAAUACACUCAAUAAAGCAAUAUGUUAUGCAUACAAAGUAUAAGUUGAAAACACCUAAAAUAAUAAACAAGGGAUCAUAAUCACAAUUCCUUGAUUGGUUAACUACUUAGUUAAAUUGCGCAAUUAACUAGUAUAGGCUGAGAAUUUUUUGAUGACGAAAUAUAGGCAGAUAAUUAAUGAAUAAUGAAUUAACUAUUUUUCUUUAAUCACAAUGCUUCUCCUGUGACUUACUGAACACAACAAUAUAUUUGGGUACUGGCUUGGAAAGUUUGUUCCAUGGGGAUUUUGCUGUCCUAAUUUGAUUGAUGAGUGCAAAUGUCUUAACUACUAAUAGGGUUUCUUAUAAGUUAAAAAUGGUAAGAGAAGCAAAAUUCAUUCGAAUGUAGUUAACAGCCCUAUAGCAAAAUUCUAUAGUACCUAACAAAGCAUUGAUUUAGGUGAGCUUACUGACCAUCAACCCAUAUGAAGUUUAUGACAUAUAAAGGUAAGAAAUGUUCUAGAACUAGAUAUCCCUAUUGACUUUGUAGUUGUUUGGUCUACAAAAUUGUUGGAUGUCAUAGAGAAUUAGAAGUUAAUGUAGUGCUUUUUAUAAUGAUCUAUUAUCAUAAAAAUUCUCGUAGAAAUUUCAACCAGAGACAGGUAUUAGAAUUAAGAUUAGUACUGGGAAAAAUUGCAAUUUGCAUCCCAAACUACCCCUUUUUUUUUUCAAUUUACACGAUAAACUAUUAAAACUUACAAUUUGCACUGUAAACUAAACUAUUGAAUUUUGAAAAUUUGCACCCUCUGACAAGAUAUGUCAGUUCAGCCAUAUUUAGGGUGUAAAUUGUCAGUUUUGAUGGUUUAAAGUAUAAGCUGAAAAAAAUGUUGGUAAUUUGGGGUACAGAAUGUAAUUCUCCUUACUGCUAAUAAUCAUUUGAAAUUUUCAGCAUGGCACUUUUUACUUGCAAUUGACAAAUAGACUGUCAACCCAUGGUCAAAGCUUCAUUUAUUUUUUCUUUUCUUACAUAGUUUUUACAUAAUUGGCUGUGGUCAAUUAGGGGAUAUGACUAAAAAAAAUUGUGGGGGUGCUGAUUUAGUGGGGUUGUUAAUUUUUCUCAGCCAUGCACUUCUCAGGGAAAACAUUUUUCUUUCUCAGGCCUUAUAUCAUCCUUCUAUUUAUUGUGCAUUUGCUUAUGAAUUAUGUAUGACACUGGUUUUUUAAUUGUGAAGAAAUAAUGAGAAGAAACAACUAACAAUGACCAGUUAGAUGAAUUACAAAAUGGCACGACUCUUUGUUUUCCUUGGUACUAUUAGAUUGAUCAAGGGAUGCACAAUAUCUUCGAGUGCAAGAUUCUUAGAAAUAUUUGAUAACUUUGGUCUCUUCUUAAAGAGGCGAGUUCUUCAGCCCCCAGCAAUUGUCAAGCAUGUUAGUGGAGACUAGAUAAUGGUUAUUACGGUGAAAGAGAGCUAUGCAGCCAAUAAUGUAUGGAGAGCAGAAAUUGUAUUGUAUGAGGCCAAUUUACACUGGUACAGUCGGCUCAGUCCAAGAAAUAAAACAGUCGACUUAGCUUCAAUAAAAUCCUCAGGUUAUAUAAGAAGGCUAAGAUAUCCCAACUUGUCUGUUAUCUCCAACUUAGGCCGGUUGUCCUUAGGUCUAGUCAUACUGAAUUUUAUUUUAUUUCUAUUAGAAGUAAUUAACAAGCGCCUUCUUAUUAGUACACUUUAUUUUUUGGAAGGAAAUAAUCUCUCUCUCUCUCUCUCUCUCUCUCUCUCUCUCUCUCUCUCUCUCUGUUUGUAGGUAUGGUGUCAAUAAAUUAUAAAUCAUGAGGCAGAAUUGUUCUUCAAUUUAUUUAACGACUUGAUCAAAGACAGUAAACGGAUCAACAUGGAAGAUGACACUAAAGUUUAACAUUCAGGGUUUGGUGUGUUUGUAAACCUAGACUGAGUUUGUUUGUGUAUCAUAUUUUCUUGAAAGAUUUUUCUUUUUAUUUUCUGGUAAAUGGCUGGUCCACGGAACUUAUUUUCCAGGUUGAAGGAAUUCUAACUGAAACAAACUUGUACAUUGGUACAUGAGAGACUGAUGCAAAAAUUCCAUGGUUACACUGGUGGGGCCUGUGAAUAAUACUUUUUUGACAGUUUCAGAAUUUGGGGCCUAUAAAUUAUAAGUUAUAAGAGCAGGCUAGUCUUUUUAAGGAACUCCAGGACCAUUAGUUUGGAAAAAGAAAGGCUUUUCCAAGCAAGGAAAGGUUUUUUUAAUCUUUGAAAAAGAUUAAUUUUGUGUGGUUACAAACCUUCAGAACUUCGGUCUGAGCACUGCUUGAUUGACAUGAAACCAGCCUUGCUACUUCCAUAUUACAAUCUGAUGGUGUAGGUUUGCCAGCACUUGGGUCUUAUUUUCAGGAAUGAUAGGAUUCUCUCAUAAAUUCAUAUCACUGGGGUAAUAAAUGGAAAGAAAUGGGGGCGACCGGCCAGAAAUGAGAAUUAAAUAGGUGAGUGUUGGUUAAGGCAUCAAAGCCCUAUAAAUCCAGUGUUCCUCAGAAUUUCUCAAGACCCAUUGCCCUUCAAGUACUUCUGCAAAGUACAAGAAUGAUGAACAUGGGCUGGAAAAAGACUCAGAAGAAGAUGACGCAAGGAGCAAAUGCUCGGUUAGUUUCUUUCUCAAAACGGCGAUCUGGCCUCUUCAAGAAGGCCAGUGAACUUUGUACCUUACGUGUGGUUGAGACUGCCAAUAUCAUCUUCUCUCCUGGUGGGAAGGCGUUCUCCUCUGGUCAUCCCUCUGCUGAGGAUGUAAUAAACAUGCUUGGCCACCAUGGCAAGCCAGAUGCUGCUACACUUCUGGAAGCACAGGCUCACCAAGAGAGAGUCCUUUGUGACCUGAAGAAGCAGUAUUCUGAUCUGCUUAAGCAAUUGGAAGCUGAAAAGAAACGAGCGGAGAAACUAGAGCAGAUGGGGAUGGAAUGCCAGGGAUGCAGCUGGUUUUAUGCUCCAAUUGAUGAACUCAGCCUUGAGGAGCUGAAGCUCAAGAGUGCUGCAAUGGUCGAACUUAAGGGAAAAGUACUCAAGGAAUUAGCGGAGCGUCUGGCCCAGGGUUCUGCUCCAUCUGUUGCUGCCAACUCUGGUGGAGGUUCUGAUUUCCCAGUCUCUGACCCAAAGGCUGCGCCGUAGGCCGUUAAUCUCUGUUAUUCUGAAUAAGUUGAUGGAGGAGAGUCUGGAUUAGCAGUCUUUUGUUAUGGGUUUUCAGAUUUAUAUGAUGUCAUUGAGUCACUCUCUUCCUCUCUACAUCUUCUUUAUGUAAGAUGUUCCUUUUCCAAUAACAAAACCCAUGAAAAAAAAAUCUUUUAAAUGCCUUUUGCUGUGACAA